AUGUCGACUAUUCGCUCCUCGUUCUGGCGCGGUGGCGUUUGCAAUGCUCUCAUUUUUCACAAAUCCGAUCUUCCCACAAACCGAUCAGCAUGGCAACCUCUGUUUGCAGCGGCCAUGGGCUCUCCUGAUCCGCACGGCAGGCAACUGAAUGGCAUGGGAGGCGGAGUUUCUUCUCUUUCUAAAGUAUGCAUUGUCUCACCAUCUACGCGAGAUGAUGCCGAUGUGGAUUUUGAAUUCGUUCAAGUUGUCAUUGGUGAUGGUUCACUUGAUUUUGCCAGCAAUUGCGGCAAUAUGACUGCUGCUAUUGGGCCAUUUGCUGUGGACGAAGGGCUUCUCAGGUUCUCAAGUGGCAAGUUGUUCUCUACGACGAACUACGCAAGCGUACGCAUCUACAAUACCAACACCAAAAAAAUUAUCAUUGCCUCGUUUCCUGUACAUGGAGAUGCUCCAAAGUUCGCCCCCCACGGAACCUAUCGAAUGGACGGUGUUCCGGACACAGCUUCAAAAAUCUCUCUGUCUUUCCAGUCGCCAGGUGGAACACUGACUGGGAAAGUGUUGCCCACGGGUCAAGGCGUGACAUCCAUGAAUGUCAUAGAUAAGAACGGAAAGAAAAUAACAGCCUCACUGAUAGACGUGGCAAAUCCGGGUGUAUACGUUGACGGCAGCGGUCUUGGAAUCAGACCGGAUAUUACGCCUGCUGAGUUGGAUCAUCAAAAGGAUACGUUGGUUUUGUUGGAAGCUGUUCGACGGGAGGCUGCAGAACUAAUGGGUAUGGAUCCAAACACAGCAAGUGUGCCAAAAGUUGCGGUAUUGUUCCAGCCCACUGAAAAAGAGGUAUCUGCGGGGGCCAAUAUUAAAUGCUUAGUCCUGUCGAUGGGACAAACUCACAAAGCAAUCCCUCUCACUCUGGCUCUAAAUCUGGGUGUUGCCUGCCGAAUAGAAGAAACAUUGGCUUUGGGGUUGGCGAAAAACAUAAGUCGAGAUGGGAGAGUGACGAUACAGCAUCCUAGUGGGAUGAUAGACGUUGGUGUUGAUAUAUCAGGGGAAGACAUCUUAAGUGCAUCAUUAUACAGCACCGCAAGGUUAUUGAUGAGGGGCGAGGUGAAUGUUAACUAG